AUGGCGAAGGCGAAGGAAACGAAAGCGAUCUCCAAGAAGAAGGAUGCGCCAGCCAAGAAAGCAACAUCAUCAAAGGCAACGAAGUCGAAGACAUCGAACUUGAGCGAGGACAAGGUGGUCGAUUCGGACAGCGACAACGAGGCACCGGCUACAGAGAGCCCCGCAAAGAGCAAGCAGGCUCCGAAGAAGUCUGCAAAGUCUGCAAACUCGGUGAAACCCGUGUCGCAAAAGGCAGAACCCAAGAGCAAGGCCAAGAUUGUUGAGAAAGAGAAAGCUGAAUCCGAUUCGGACGAGAGCAGCGAAGAGGAGAGCGAGGAUGAUAAGCCUGCGCCCGCGCCCGCGCCAAUCAAAUCGAAUGGGGUAAAGAGAAAGGCAGAGGAGAGCAGUGGAGAAGAAGAGUCUGAGGAAGAGGGCACGAGCGAACAAGAGCCCCCUGCGAAGAAAGCGAAAACUUCGCCCGAGGCUGAUGUACAGGAAUCAUCAUCGGAAGAGGAGGACGAGAGCAGUGAAGAGGAAGAAGAGAAGAAGUCGGUGGUGAGGACAAAGAAGGCAGAGCCUGCGCCAGAGGUCGACAUGCAAGAUUCGUCGUCAGCAGAGGAUGAGGGUAGCGAGGAAUCAGAGGAUGAGCCGCCGAAGGCCACAGAAGCCAAGAGUACAAGUUCAACGAAAGGAAAGGAAACCAUCAAGGCAAAGCCUGCCUCCGAAUCGAAGGCGAAAGAUUCGUCAGACGAGGAGGAGAGCAGUUCAGGAUCGGAGGAGAAGGUGAUCCCCAGUAAAAGAAAAGAUGCAUCAGCUCCAGCUGUUGGCAGUUCUACGAUCGAAAGCAUACCUGCCAAGCCGUUUGAGCCACCAUCUGGAUACACAGCGAUGGACUCGCGCAGUCUGGGCACCGGUUCACCGUUCGCGGCAAGCAAUCUUGCUGGCAAGCAGAUAUGGCACAUCGUAGCACCCUCAAGCAUUCCUCUCAAAUCUAUCACCGAAGUUGCGUUGGACGCAGUGAAGAGUGGUACACCCGUCCUCAAUCACAAGGGUGUAGACUACAUUUUGGCGGCGGACACGAACCACAGCACAAAGUUCGACACUGUGUUCAUACCAUCAGAUGCCGGCUAUCAAUCAGUCGGGCAGCAUGUUGAGACCUCACUGCAACUUCAGCAAAAGAUCGAACUACCAAAUCUGAGCAAGCUCCAAGCGGAUUUGAACAGGGGAAGCAGUGCCGCGGCCGACAUCGCACAAGCUCCUGUUAGUGAUGCGCGACCUCAGCCCAAAGGUCUGCGGAUGAGGUACAAGCCCCCAGGUUUCGGUCGUGGCGAUCCUGGACGACUAGGAUCCGAAUCAGAUAGUUCAGACGAGGAUGUUACUCGAGCGAAGAAGACUAGCAAGUCCCUACAGUUUCCAAAAGCACUAGGCGCACAUGGAGCAUCCGAAAAACCUGAUUCGGGGACCAGUGCUGCGAUUGAGAAGAACAAGAAGUCGAAGAAGAAGCGGAGGAAUUCGGAUGUGGACAUGGUCAACGGGGGCUCCACUAUGCCUUGGCCUGAGUCGACUACACCACAAAAGAAGAAGAAAAAGCAGACCAAGGAGGGGGCGGAGGCUGAGACACCCAGUGCGACAAAGUCGCAGGAUGUAGUGGAAGCCUCGCCGUCUGAGGCAAAAGAGGAGAGCAAGGAGGAGAAGGCGAAGAGGAAAGAGAUGAAGAGGUUAAAGAAAGAGGCGAAGAAGAAAGCCGAAGCCGCGAUCUGA